GCCAGUUGAUGGUCCAAAUGAUGCCAUCAGUGCACGCCGCUGCAAAGCCGAGAAGACAUGCAUGCCCAUGGCGCAGAUUUGGAAGCUCAUAUAUUUAUUUUUGUUACCUCCUGAACUCCAACUGAGCUCCCGGGCGUGUUUCCUAAGCGGCCCUGCAUGUUGCUCAUCCUUUUUGGGAGGCUUUUACGCACGACUUGACUGGCGCAGAUGACGACCCGUUGACUAUAAAGUUAUUUUUACUUGUGCUAUAUCUUCAGUAUGACCGAGUCAAACUUAAGGAACGACAGCAUCCGCGGGAUCUAUUUCACGGAACCUCUCAAUGGCUCUGCAUUGGACCUAUUUUUUCUAAACGACAGCACUGCGACGUGUUCGAACUUUUCGGUGGACUGCCGAUCCGUGUGGCUCGGGCUUUUUCUCACCUUAUUUAUUCUGGUGGCAAUCGUGGGCAACAUAUUGGUUAUCCUGUCCGUGAUGUGCAACAGCCACUUGCAGACGGUGACUAACUUCUUUAUAGUCAACUUGGCUAUGGCGGACCUGCUGCUGAGCAUCGUGGUGCUGCCUUUCUCCGCCUCUCUUGAGGUUCUGGGCUGCUGGGUGUUCGGUCGGGUGUUUUGCAACAUCUGGGCGGCGGUGGACGUACUGUGCUGCACCGCCUCCAUCCUCAGCUUGUGCAUCAUCUCCGUGGACCGGUACAUCGGCGUCAAACACUGCCUCAAGUACCCUAGCAUCAUGACCGAGAGGAGGGCGGGCGUUAUCCUGGUUGUGGUGUGGGUGUCGUCCACAGUCAUCUCCGUCGGGCCGUUGCUAGGUUGGAAGGAACCGCCGCCCGUGGACGAGAGCAUCUGCAGGAUCACCGAGGAGCCCGGAUACGCGCUCUUCUCUUCGCUCUUCUCCUUCUACCUGCCGCUCCUGGUCAUCCUCGUCAUGUACUUUCGGGUCUACGUGGUGGCACGCAGGACAACCAAAAGCCUGGAGGCAGGCGUCAAGCGGGAACGAGACAAAUCCGUAGAAGUGGUCCUGAGGAUCCACUGCCGAAGCGUGCUGGAGGAUGCGCGCGCUGUCAGCUCCAAGAGCAGCAAGCAGCACCCGUUCAGGAGCUCGCUCUCCGUGCGUCUCAUGAAGUUCUCCCGGGAGAAAAAAGCGGCCAAAACCCUUGCCAUCGUCGUGGGCAUGUUUAUCCUGUGUUGGCUGCCUUUUUUCUUCUUUUUGCCGAUUGGCUCCUUCUUUCCAGCGAUGAAGCCAUCAGAGACGGUAUUCAAGGUGAUCUUUUGGCUGGGCUACUUCAACAGCUGCAUCAACCCCAUGAUCUACCCUUGCUCCAGCAAAGAGUUCCAGCGGGCCUUCACCCGCCUCCUCAGGUGUCGCUGUCGCCACAGGCGGAGGACUCUGCGUCGCUUCUAUGACCAGAAAUGGCGCUCGGCUGUCAGGGGAAUGGCAUUGGAACAAAGAGAACACGAGUCUGGCUUCACCACGCAGAGCUCCUGCGAUAGCUCUUUGUUAAGCAAGCCGGGGGGAAAUUUAAAGAGAUGGAAGUUGUUUCCACCGCUGCAGAAGUCCUCCUUUCAGCUCAAAGAAACAGUGAACAACCUGUCAAAUAAAAUCAAGGGAGGCGCAGGGCGAGGCAACACACCUGCAGUGGUCGAUGCAAUUUCAAUGGGGAUUUACAACGUCUGUGAACAAAGCAGUUAUCGCAUCUAUGACUUGGCUGACUGUUACGGCCUGAAGGAGACGGAUAUUUAAAUGGACCACAAGAGGAUGCUCUAUUCUCCGAAAGCCCUUUUGGAGCAGCAUCGUUUGAUCAUUCAAAUCCAGAACCAACACAAUAGACACUAAAGAAUAGGAUUCAAUACAAGAGCUGUAUCAGACAUCUGGCGUUGCAAAACUUAUGCUCACUUUUGACAUCUUGGAAUUCAGCUCCUGUAUUGUGUUGCAUUGUGAUCAUCUUCGUGUGGCCAGGAAGUGUAAAUGACAACUGUUGAUAGUUUGAGAAUGACGGUAUGAUCCUAGCACAAAUGUGACUUUAAACAUUAUUUCCAUCCUUCACGACCACAACAUUGCUUCAGUUUGGCUUGGUUUCAAUUUCACACUUUUAUAUAAAUAACUUGAUGUUUUUAUUUCGACAACACGCAGUAAAACUGUGCAGUUACUGGGGGAUUAAAUACUGCGCAGUGUAUCUUGUAACUUAUUCACUGCAUCAAUUUUAAGCGACACAUUUACUUGGACAUUAUAUCCUAAAAUUGGAGUGCGGAGUGCUACUGUGAUAUGAAUGUGCAUAGUUUUUUUUCAAUGCUGUGUUUGUGUUUUGCGCAAAUUAAAUUCAUUUAAAAAAACAAUUAAUAUUUUCUUCAAUUUCCCUGA